GCUUGAACUUGGAAUCACCUUCGGAACUUGAAUCUACCAUUCAAAAGUUAACAUCUCAACUGGAUGAAGACCGGAAAAACACCAACUCAAAUUUCCGAGAAGUACGGAAAAAUUUGGAGAUGGUUUAUAAAUCUGGGAUCAGUAUAAAGAAUGAGUUGAGAGGGACAAAGCAACUUGUGCAGGAGCUUGCAGCAAAAGUCAACCUUUCAAUAACAGAGAUCCACUUGUUGCGAAAUGAGUUUGGAACCCUGAAAAAAGAGCAGACUAAUUUGAAGGACGACUUGGAGAAAUUCGAAAGAGAGCUGACGCAUCCGAACUCACCUACUAAUAGCCGUAUUCGUGAGUUGGCAAACCGAUUGCUGGCUAACCAAAAUAGUUUGACUUCAAAGAUUGAUGGGACACGAAUCGCAAUAAAAACACUAAAAAACGAGCAGGACACAUUAAAGGGUGAAGUUAGCGACGCAAAGCAACAGUUUAGGAACCAGCUCCAGCAAUUGAAUGCAAAGUUGCUGGAGUUAAUGAAGCAAAAACGGUGGGCCGUGUUUACGCUGGAAAAUGGAAAAACGUAUCAUUUUUCGUUGCAAAAAAAUACAUGGGACAUGGCGAAGAAAAUCUGCGAGGAGAAAGGAAUGCGUCUUGCUAGUCCGAAAACUCAGGAAGAAAUCAGUCUUUUGCAUCAGAAACUGACAGAGCUGGAGCCAGAAUCUGGUUUUUGGCUUUCUGCGUCUGAUGCGGCAAACAAAGGCGUAGAAUAUCAGUGGCUGGACGGAGAGGUGCUGCCGCUCAACAGUUCCUUGUGGGAAAAGGAAAGGUUAGCAGACGACGUCGGAAGGGGCUCUGCAUCCUGUGUUUUCAUCAGGAAAGUGCUUGAAGAUAAAUUGUACAAGGAAAAAUGCACCGACUUUACCAAUUUCAUUUGCGAGAUGCAAUAAUUUUAUUAUUCACUGAAUUUAUUUGAAAAACUUCAACAUAUAAACUGAUUCUACCCUGAGAAAACUCUUAUAGUGUUUAUUUUCUUCGUGCGCAGGCAACCUAGUUCGAGCUGACCGUAUCUAUGGGGGUUAUGCUCAUUAAAGUUAUUGAAACAGCGUCAGGGGAAUAGCACGACGUUUUGUCUCGAGUCUCGAGGGUGGUAAGAAAAAAAAUGGGAUAUUCAAAUGCGAUGCAGAUUGGUGUUUGGAAUCAAAUGCGUGUCAAUAGGGCAGCAGUGCCAAUAGCAUAUGUAUUUCCUGC